GCCAUCAUCAACAAACGGUUCAGCCGCUCUAAUUCUUUCUCUUUUCCUUCUCUAGGGCGUCUUGGUCUCUCUGGGCAGGAUGUUUUCCACAGACACCUCGCGGACCCAGUCGCUGCGUCCCAAAAGAACACGUCAGGCAGCAGGCCCAGAAGACUCUCUCAAAUUACCCCAGGCGAAGCGAAAACGAUCUGCCCUACGACGAGAUACCUUUGAACCCCUGACCGAAUCAAGCAUUGGUGAUGCGGCAGGAAGAGAUGUGGCUGAGGGCAAGAGCAAUGGACAUACAGUUACGGUUGCGCCGACGAAAGAAUUGACUUUGCGAGGAGCCAAAAAAGCAGAAAAGCGCGCCGACAGAGCUACCAGUACCAAUGCCGGCUUGACCCUGUCUAGUAACGACUUCUAUACCGUCGCCCAGCUUCCUGCCCUCCCAGACCAGAUCAGAAAUCGACCGAGCAUCCAAUAUUCCUGUGUUGUUUCCCCUGAAUAUGGCUACGCAUUGGCAUUGACACAUACCGACGCCAUAAUCUGGCCCUACAACUCAACCGCAUCAACGCCGCCAUCGAGAGAUGUCAUCACCUUCAAACUGCCCUUUCCUCCUGCCUCCGUGGGCGAUCCCCUACCACAUGCAACGUUCACGGCAAAAUCUGCGAGCGGAGAGCCCGGAAUCGUGGCAGUAUCUGCAAAAUGGGGCAAAGUCGUAUACUGGGAAACCCUGUCCAACGCUUCCUCUGUCAUACCGGGGCAAGUUUCAAGUGUCCAAGGUUCAAUACCAGGGAUGAUGAGUGGCGAGGUCGUGGAAGAAUUGGUCAACGCGGAGCCUUCGGGAUUUAUCCUUUCGCUCCGUCAUGGCCGUGUCGCCCACUUGACAAUUCGCGACCAAAUGGGAAGACCUGGAAUUGGCGUCCAAUUCCUUCGCAAAUACACAAACGCGUCGGGAGGUAUCUUUGGGAGCAUCAGAAAUGUGUUUGGCUCCGAUCGACGGAAAGGGACGCCAAUAAUCAAAGCUGGAGGCUCGAGAAAGGGGCAGCGCGAUGUAGUCAUCGCAACCGAGGAUGCUGAAAUGGAAUUUUGGAAUACGAACCUGGCUGUUGGAAACUCCCUCGAGAACUCAUUCAACUUCAAGGACGAAAUUCUGGACGCGUUAAAAUCAACACAGCCGGAUGCGACGCAAUUCAAGGUUCUGGACGUGGAGCUCUCGAUAGGACCGAGUAUGGCCCUCAGCCGACGAGACAGCCAUGGUGCGCCAAUGAUGGUACUUAUUUCCAGCUCGACGGAACUGGAAACGAGGUAUCAUAUCAUUGAGAUGGUUGUUGAUGAAGGGGCGAAAGUCAAAGUGAUGCACCCUGUCAAUUGCUAUUCUUCUUCGGCGUCAGAAUCCAGCCACUGGAGACCCCGACUAUGUGUGUCGAAAUCUCAACCUGUGACGUUCAUUGUCUUUGAGACUGCUAUUGUGCUGUUCUCGCUGGCCAGGAUCCGAGAAUCACCUUCCUCUCAGUUACUGAUGGAGCGACACGCACUGCCCGAACCAUUUCAAGAUUGCGUCCGAUUCCAAGAGUCAACUAUCUAUGAGGUUCUUGGCUUCGCGUUGGAAACGACGGAGAAACAGUCUUCCAUUGUGUUCGGUGUACGAGGGUUUGGCAUGGUGAAAUUGACUUCUCAUCUUCGCGAUGAUGAGGAGGUUGACGUGGAGGAAGCUGAAGAACGGGAUCGAAUAACGGCGAAGAGCAAAAUAGAACAAGCAGUCUUCUUUGGCACCAUCAAACAAAACCCCCUGGACCUCAAGCACGCCAACCAAACGUUCUCACCCGAGGAAAUCGAAACAGCAGCUUUGGAGAUCAGCUCCGAGAUCUUGUCUUCUUCAUCCAAACAUCUUCCAAAGUCUGCGCCCUCGAUCGACAUGCAAAUGCGACUUCGUGCCAAAGCCCUCGACGAUCUGGCUGAACAUGUAAUAAACCACUAUCCUUCUGCGGUGUCUCGGAUAACGCGUUUUGGGCUACUACUGAAUGCCGAAAAGCUCGCCGCUGCCCAAGCGAUAUGGAAAGUUCAAGAAGAGAUUCAACGAAAAUACCCGCAACCCGAUCGUGAGAUGUCGUACUUGGAUUUUACACUCCGAGCCUUGCAUGAAUCACGGCAAAAAUACCCGGACCCUGAGAGAGGAGAGAAAGAUCGGGUAAGACAUUGGCUUGUGAACAGCGUUAAGAACGUCGGCCAUCUCAUGUCUGAGUUGGUGAGCUGCAUCCCGGAACUUGAACCGAUGGAUGUGACAGAUCCCAGGGUGGUCGCCGACUAUUUCAAAGAAGCAGUUGACCUCUGGAUUGCAUCAUACUCCGCCGCCUUCAAAUUCCGUGAAGACAAUGCUCCUCUUUACGGACUUGGAGAUGAGGUCUUCGAGAAUGGAGUACUUGUGUCGGGAUUUCCUAUCGAGAUCCCUCAUCCUUGGACGUCAAGUCCAGAGCCGUUGCGAUUUGGCCAAAGUCUAAUAUACGACAUCUGCAAGUUUUUAAAUGAGUGGUGGGAGUUCGCUCAUGGAAGAAACAAGAAGAAGAAGAUGCCAACGGACGUAGACGGCAAGCCGCACGAAGCACCCAGCAGACUGGCCCUCCAGGAAUUGGCCAGCCGUCUACCGACAGAACUCGAACUUUUUUCCCGACUGGUGCGCGAGGAGGUCAUUCAAUCGAAGUGCCAUCUGAAAGCCCACGAAAAAGAUCCCGAAGCGUUGCAGGACGAGCUCAACAAUCUCGAGCGUGAAGAGCAGGAAAGGCUGGGCCAGGCACUGCAAGCCAUUGCGUUGUUCAACAUGCCCGGGGCAAUCCGGUUAGCAGAAAAGUUGAAAUAUUAUGCAGAUCUUGUGACCCUGCACUACGACUACUAUAAGCAACUGGUGGCUGAAGCUCAAGCUGACCCAAGUCUUGCCGAAGAUAAUCAACACAAGCUCGAGGAGAUGCAAGAGAGAGCCGAGUCCUACUAUGGGAAAUUUGGCAAAGGAUGGGCGUUUGCCGCUUUCAGCCAGAUGCUGAUCGACGGUGAAUGCGGAAGUCUUUUGGUCAAGGGCCAAGAGGAUGGGGAGAAGGAAAAAUUCCUUACCUGGUUCUUCAAGAUAGCUCCUAAGGCUCAUCAACAUCUCGGCAAACUCAGCUGGAUCCACGAUGUGAUCUCAUGCGACGAUUACCACCGUGCUGCAAGGACACUCCAGGAUGUGGCUGGCGAAGAGACCAGUAAUGUUUGGAACAAAAAGACCGAAUUGGCACUCGGAAAGCUGGCUAGCUUGGCUGCGGAUGAAGGCAGCGGCAAGCACAGAGAUUUGAAAGUAUAUGACGAUGCUCUUUCGAUGAUCGCCAUUCAGGAGCAAGUCUACAGACAUGUGAUGGGAUCGGUUGGUGCGGCCCUGGACGAGAAAGCCGCGACCGAUCUUGCCGGGGGAACUUUUGCUUCCCGCGUGGUGGCAGGAUACCCAGCAUUGAAACGAGAGCUGAAGCAGAUCUUGAAGUCGCUGAUACGUCAGACGCCCUUGACCGCGGAAGAAUUGGUUAGUCUCCUAACGCUGAUGGAACCGAUUGUGUGGAGUGGAGCUCCUGAAGAGGAUCCCGAGGUCAGCGGUCAAGAGUUGAUUCUCGCCCUGAAUGUUGUGGAUGAAUCGAACUUGCCGGUGCCAAAGCAAGAUGAUCUUCGAGCGCUUAUCUGGAGAAGAGCGAUGAUUCGCGAUGAUUGGCUUGCUUUGAACGAGACUGGUGGGAAAGACGACCAGCAAGUGGAGGAAGAGUUACAACAAUCCAGUCUGUUCCGUGUUUUACAGCAUGUUUUCCUGUUGGAACAGCUGGAAGGAACGCCGAUCCAUUUGUUUUCGCCCAGCGACCUUUUACGGCGUGAAGCAUUCCCUGUCAGUCUCCAGGAUAGGCUGGCCGAAAGUGAAGUGGAAAGCCUUCGAAAGGACAUGGAAAAGGAACAAACAAAACUCAAAAGCUUUGUGGAGAAGGGACGACUGGACGAUCAUUAUGGAGGGCUAGUGACGUCUGCGCAGAGAAUUGCGAGGGACAUUGUCGAUGAGCGGGGCGAACAAUUGGCUGAGCAGGUCGCUUGAGGGAAGGGGAACCGUGGUGUCUGACCGCCCGGCCUAGGUCAGGAAGAUACGUGCUGUCUUUCUUUUGUAACACUACAAGUAAUGUUUGAGUGCCAUCAAGACUGCCACGAGGCUGAACGGGGGAAAGGGAUGAGGGCGGCUUGCUAGGACAGCAGCGGAAGUGGCACAAAAUUGGCGUCAAGCUCAACUACGAACCGCGACUCGCUUGAAUAUCACACGGCCGCAUCGCCUCUUCUCUGUUAUCUGUACCUUCCUGGUGGUUCGAGUUUGUACUCCCCUCCAUCAUGGCAUGAGAAGACGCCGAGCUUGGGCAAGCUCUAGGUCUAUAUCGACAAGCCGGCGCUCGAGGAAAACAACAACAACAUUGCUCUAUAUAGCUGACAACUGACUAUUGGAAGGCUCAAUGACG